AUGGCCUCUCUCUGGUACUGCUGUGGCUGCAACUUCGGCCCUCACAAUUCAAACCUCUACGGCGCCUGUAUCAACUGCGGAGACGAACGCUGCACCUUCUGCCCUGAGGAGAAGUGCUACGACAAUAUGCGCUUGAGCGCCAACACUCACACCCACACCCACUGCCACGAGGCAUCACCAUACCCGUCUGCCGUCGCUGUCGACACCGCGCAGACCCUGUCUCUCAACACCAAGAGCACGCCCAUCCCUCUACCAGACCUGCCCGGCAUGCGCCCUCUAUCCCGAUUGCGCCAGUCAGAUGCGCAGGCCUUGCCCCUUGGUGGCAGCGCAAAGGUAUACAGCCAUGGUAGCUUGUAUAUCUGCUGCCAGUGCAAUGACGGUCCCAAGCUCUGGGAUGUCCAGCCCCAAUGUGUCUGCUGCAGCCAUACUGCCUGCUCUGGCUGCACCUAUGUGAAGUGA